AUGGUUGACAGCUGCAACCCAGGCGCCCUCAUGUGGCUGCUUCUCGUCGUUCCGUUCAGAGCACCCUGCUGGCCUCAUUGUCCUUCACCCUGCUAUUCUACAAUUGGCUUGCGCAGCUCUCUUCGUCUCGUCGCCAUACUGUACACAAGCUUCGCGCUUCUAAUAUCUUUCUACAAUCUUCGUGCCUCGCCCAAGUGCGGCCUCUUUUGGCUCUUUUCAAGAGCUGGCAUCCACACUCUACUCACCGUGGCAGCCGUCGCGGAAGCCUGUCAAGGGCCGAGCUUGACAGAUCUCAGAGCAUACCACGAUCUAUUGAUCCAGUCUCUCAUGCUCGAAUUCUUGGUCUUGCUCUGUGCCCGUGAAAUGCUCAAUCUUUGUGUCCGCAUCCCUGGUCCGCUUCUCGCCAAAUCCACCUUCAUCUGGAACGCCUGGCAUCUCGUCAGAGGCACCUAUGAGCAAGCUGUUCUCGAAGCUCAUCAAACCUAUGGAGCUGUUGUACGCGUCGCCCCCAAUACCUAUUCGGUUUCCAGAGAUUGCUCUCAGCUAGAUGCUCGGUUCGAACUCCACCCUUGUGACUAUUACAGUCCGCAUAUCGCUCUGAUACGCAUCUUCAGGCACUGCAGUAAUCAUGAGCAUGUGCUGAGCCAAGCAUCAGCCAACGAGCCAGCCAUUGAUGCCUGUAUCGAAGGGCUGAUUGAAAAGUUGGCCGCUUCGAUGGAUAAAGAAGGCCUUCAAGUCUCAAAGUUGCUGACUUGCUUCGGCUGGGAUGUGAUGAGUGCAAUCAUCACUGGCGACCAGUACGGAUUCGUGGACUCCCCCGACGCUGCUGUACUUGCCGACAUACUUGCUAGGUCCAGGGUUGAGUCCAUCUGGGACGGAUCGUUUUUCCGCUUCCAUCCAGUGGUCGCUAAGAUGACAGCAUGGUUCGUUCCCCGAGCCAGCAUUACAGAGUGGUUGUCAUUAUCCAAGGUUGCAAUGGCCCGGCGCUACAUGACAGACGACAAUGGGAACGACCUUGAGACGGCUACAAAGGCUAUGCAAGAUCACCUGGAUCGAAAAUCCGAGUUUCUCCAUACCGAAUUCGGAAUCCACUGCAGUCCUCACGACUAUCAUUACUUUAGCGUCUUGUCGCUCUUGAUGGGAACAGCCGAUCCCAUUGUCGCCUAUCUUCAGACAACCAUGACAUACCUCGCAUGCCACCCUGAUGCGCAAAUCCAGAUCAGAGCAGAGGCGGGAUCAAGUCUGAGUGAAGACGACUUGUCUCUUCAGCAUUUGCUUGGCCUGAGCUCCCGACUUCCGUACCUCAACGCGGUUCUGCGUGAAUCUGACAGGUUGACGGCGACUGAAGGGAUUGUCUUGAAUCAGUGUGCUGAAGAGCCAGUCGAGACGCAAGGAUGCCGCAUUCCAGCGGGAUCUACCAUUCGUUUGACAAGAAGUGCUGCCGGUCGCGACAGAUCUCUCUUUGGUGAUGAUAUGGACAGGUGGGACCCUUCUAGAUGGUUAAACAAGGAGAUUGCUGUGAGUUGA